AUGGAUCCGAAACAGAAAUUCUAUCGCCAUUUCCAGGAUUGUGUGGCAGAGCUCCAAGACCAAAUAGAUGAGUUGGAGUCCGUGUCAGCUGUCGCAGGGGAACGGCAGGAAGCCAUCGACCAUGUCCUCGCUGGCAUAAGUAAGCUCCAGCACGAGGUCUCUGACGCAGCCGAGUUUACUCCCUCGUAUGAUCGGAAGCAGUACUCGGAUACCAUCAAGAGCCUCCAGGACAAGCUCAACGAGACUAUAGCCAAAAUCACACCCAGGUCCCGCUUCCAGUUUAAAAGAUCCAACGCCGGACCACACGUUGACAUGGGCGCGCCAGAAAACGACCCGCGCUUACAUCCAGGCAGCCUAUCUCGAAACACGCAGGGCCACGCGAAAGAUGAACGUCAAGAGGCAGUUGAGGGCGAUGACACAGUCGGCGAUCUCCCUUCCGCUGCAGCUAUUCGUGACUACAACGCCGAGCUUUCUCAACCGAGUACUCAAUACAUUAGGAAGCCUAGUUUCUCCAUGGCCAGAAAUAUUGGCAUUGCCAAUCAGUCAAAUCUGCAUAUUAUUCUGCCGCAAUCUGCAGCGAGAGCCACUGCAUCUGGUAGCUUAACCGAUUUGAGAGGAUGUAUCGUGGACAUGUCUGUUCCGACGGCACAAGGGAAGCCGUUUCCAGGCUUGGCAUUGAAGAAUAUUUCGCAUAGCCUAAUUAUUGCCGGACACGUCAACGGACCAGUGCACAUUACGGGCGUGUUAGAUAGUAUUAUUGUGGUUACGGCACGGCAAGUUCGUAUUCAUGAGUGCAGAAAUGUAGACAUCUAUCUACACUGUACUAGUCAUCCCAUCAUCGAGGAUUGCGCGGGCAUGAGGUUUGCUCAACUGCCCAAAUGUUAUGCAAUCCAAGGCGAGCCCGAGAAGGAGAACCAGUGGGACCAAGUUGAUGACUUCAAGUGGUUGAAGGCGGGACAGAGCCCGAAUUGGACGACGUUGUCAGACGCCGAGGUGUUGGAUGAGACGAUAUGGACCAAGGUCGUACCUGGACAACCAGGUAUGAGCGUUGAAGAGACUCUUGAAAAAGUUGGUAUACCUCGCCAUUGA